GUCACUUCAUCCUUUACAAUGUCAUCCAGACGUGGAGAUCCUCCCAACAUCAGUGUACUCCAUGACUUACUUAGCUCCUCCUCUCCCUCCACCACGACUCCAUCUCCAUCCUGCAGCAUAGACGAAUCCUACAAGUACAUUUUCCUCCCCAUCUGUUACUCAUUCACGUUCCUCUUCAGCAUUUCCCUGAACUCUGUCAUCCUCUACCGCUCCUUUCGCCAAACCCGGCGCUGGAAUGCCUCGCUGAUCUACAUGGUGAACCUGGCCUCGACAGACUUCAUGUACGGCCUGUCACUGCCAUUCUUGGUGGCAAGCUACAUCAUGCGUGACCGCUGGGUCUUCGGGGACUUCAUGUGCCGCUUGGUCCGUUUUCUCUUCUACUUUAACCUCUACUGUUCCAUCUUCUUCCUCACAUGUAUCUCCGUCCACAGGUACCUCGGGAUCUGCCACCCGAUGAAAGUCAUCACUCUAGAGACUAAGAAGGCUGUCAAGAGCACUUGUGUCCUGGUUUGGAUCAUAGUGUUUGCUUUGACCUCCCCUAUCUUCCGGUUUGCUCAGACUGGUCAUGUGACGAGAUUGGGAGGGCUUGGCGGCAACGCAAGCAGUAUUGACAACCUGAGCCAUGAGGUGUCGAUAAAUGUGAAUGCCAGCUAUGGUAACAUGGGAGGGGUCAUUGAGGAGUACCAGAACUGUUGGGACGACGCAAUAGAUAAGGAGUUUCCUGAUUACGUACCCUAUGGCAUCAUACUCCAUUUGCUGGGGUUUUUUGUGCCUUUUUCCAUCAUUGCUUGGUGUUACUCUCAUGUUGUUCUGACCAUAUUUAGGACUUUGCAUUCUCAGCCCUCAUCCCGCAGAGGUCAGAGAGAAGGAAUAGCGAGGAAUGAGAGAAGUAGCCCUGCAAUAGUUGCAAGAGGUUUAAGAGGAAGCAAUGGACUGUCGAGGACAUUGAGAAGAGAUGAAGGGAUUUCCAUUUUCCUUGGUGCCCACUCCCCUUAUGCCAAUCGCAGACGUAAAUCUAUCAAAACUAUCAUCACCAUCACCCUUCUCUUUGCCCUGUGUUUCUUCCCCUUUCAUGUUACUAGAACCAUCUUCCUCCUGCUCAAAGUGACCAAGGGAGUCCCCUGUCACACGAUGACCAUGGUCUCCAUGUGCUAUAAGAUCACGAGGCCUUUGGCAUCAUUCAACGCAUGGCUCAACGCCCUCCUUUACUUCCUGACUAAAGACAAGGGGGGAGCUCACUGCUGUCAGGCGGUAAACACCUCCACCCAACAACAUGGUGGGCUUCUAUUGCCACUGAGGAUGAUGGGAAAAGGAGAAGACGCAGAGGAGGGGGGGCUGGAGGACAGAAUUGACAUUAAGGAGAAUAAAGCAUUUCACAGUUCGUCAUACAUGAACAGAGCUAAAGUCAAAUAUAUAGUUGAAUGA